CAUCAAGGAUCACAAUUCUCUUACAAUGUGAUGGCAUCAAGGGAUAGUGAAGACACAGGCAGUGGUUCUGGUGCUUCAGGUUUGGUCCAUCAUCAACACCAAAACUCUCAGACUUCUAGUAUGACAGCUGCAGUUGGAGCUGCAGGAGGAGGAGCAGGAUCAGGAGGAGGGAUGCCUGUUGGAGCAGUUGCUGCAGGCAGCUCUCAAGCAGCAGGGGCAGGAGAAGCAGCUGGGAGAGUUAGCAAUGUACAGCGUAUCCAGCAAAAGAAAGCACAAGUGAGAGCUUGGCCCCGGGACAAGAAGCUGGAGAAGCUGGCCAUAUAUUCUUCAUGUAGG